CGUGACCAUUUCAAUAUGUCGGAUAUAUUACUGGGACCCGCCUCAUCCCUGACUGGAGCUUUGAUGGCUACUAUAAUCAACAGGAUGGACAGAGGUGCCUUGGUGUGCCAAAGUCAAGUGACAGAGAGGCUGAUCAACGUUACAUCACCGCAAAACGGACAGACGACUCGGAACUACAGACAAUUCACACAUUACGUUAAGAAAUCCGAUAAAUUGAUUAACCCAACCGGUAUGGCGGACGCAGAAGACAUUUUCGGCAGCGAUGCUGAAUCAGACAAUGAUCAUGGAAGUGGUGGUUCAGGAUCUCCCGCCAGAAGUGGUUCAGGGUCUGAGGGCAGUCAGCACAGCAGUCCCGCACACAGCAGUCCAGCAUGCAGCAGUCCCGCACACAGUGGUUCUGGUAGCCCACCAGGCAGCCCACUAAGUCAUGCUUCAGGUAGUGUAGUAUCGAAUUCCCCCCAGGGAACCCCCACUCACAGUGGAUCUGGCAGUCCCCCUGGUAGCCCAAAAAGUGAUGCAUCUGGAACUCCAGUGGGAAGUCCAUUACAUAGUGGAGCAUCAAAUUCUCCCCCAGGGAGUCCUGCACCUAGUGGAGGAUCACAAUCUCCCCCUGGCAGUCCUGUCCACAGUGGUGCUUCAAACUCUCCCAGAGGGAGUCCCGUACACAGUGGCGCCUCAAAUUCUCCCAGAGGGAGCCCUGUCCACAGUGGUGCUUCAAACUCUCCCAGAGGGAGCCCCGUACACAGUGGCGCCUCAAAUUCUCCCAGAGGGAGCCCUGUACACAGUGGCGCUUCAAAUUCUCCCAGAGGGAGCCCUGUACACAGUGGCGCUUCAAAUUCUCCCAGAGGGAGCCCCGUACACAGUGGUGCUUCAGGAUCCCCCCGAGGGAGUCCCGCUCACAGCGGAGCUUCAAAUUCUGCCAGAGGCAGCCCUGCACAUAGUGGCUCGGUAAGCCCCCCUGGGAGCCCCAGGAGUAGAGCAUCAGGAUCUCCCAUGGGUAGUCCCAAGUCAAAAAGUGGGUCACCAGUAUCGCGUGGAUCAGGGUCACCUGAAAGAAGUGGAUCAGGAAGUCCACCUGGUAGUCCACACUCUGGGGCAGGAAGUGCAAGGUCAGGUUCAAGGUCACGGUCCAGAUCUAGAUCUCGCUCUAAAUCUGGAAGUCGAUCAAGGAGUGGAAGUCCAGCCAGUAGAGGAUCAAAAGGGAGUCGCCACAGCAGUCCGCUGGGGACGCCUGGUGGGGGAAGUGGGAGUGCCCCUGGAUCACGUGUGGGAUCAGCACACAGUGGAAGUGACUCGGACGACUCCUUCAUUGGCCGCAAGAAAAAACAGAAAGUACCUAAGGGUAGUGAUGACGAAGGAUCAGGGGGCGGGGAAAAUGGCCAAACCGUUGAGGCUACUGUAGACGAUCUGUUUGGAGAUGCUGGUGACAUCAGUUCAGAUGAGGACGAUGAAGAUAAAGACAAGGAGGAGAGGAAAUCCGACUCUGAAAUAAGAUAUGGGGAUGAAGACAGAGACGGAGAGAGAAUGCAAGGCGAGGAGGAGGAGGAAGAAGAGGAGCCCCCAGAAACCAGGAUUGAGGUGGAGAUCCCCCGCAUCAUUACAGACCUCGGCAAGACCGUCCACUACGUCAAACUACCCAACUUCCUCAGUGUGGAGACGAGGCCGUUCGAUGCCAAUGUCUAUGAAGAUGAGGUAGAUGAGGACGAAGUGUUGGAUGAGGAAGGCCGUGCCAGGACGAAACUUAAGGUUGAGAACACAGUAAGAUGGAGGACAGUUAAGGAUGAGGAAGGUGCCCCUAUUCUAGAUGAUAACUUAGUACCAUUGAAGGAGAGUAACGCUCGGGUUGUACGCUGGUCUGACGGCAGCAUGUCCCUACAUCUAGGUGAUGAGAUCUUUGACGUACACACAAUGCCGAUACAGGGCGACUUCAACCACCUGUUUGUACGACAGGGCACAGGUCUUCAGGGACAGAGUGUCUUCAAAACCAAGCUGGCAUUUAGGCCUCACUCAACAGAGUCUUACACACAUAGAAAGAUGACCUUGUCCCUUGCUGACAGGUCAAGUAAGACACAGAAGGUCAAGGUCGUUCCUAUCUCGGGCCGUGACCCUGAUUACUGCAGAAAUGAAAUGAUAAAGAAAGAGGAGGAGAAAUUGAGAGCAGCCAUCCGACGGGAAAGCUCAGUACGUCGCACAAAAGAGCGCUCACAUGGUGGGGGUUUGUCUCGCGGAUUCUUGGAAGGCGACGAGGAGGAAGAUGAGGAUGAAGGAGACAUCUCUAUAGCAGCUAUAAAGAAACACUACAAACAGAACAGGAAAGAGAAACAGCAUAUCUAUUCCUCUGACAGCGAUGAUGCCUACGACUCGGACCGGGAGAAGAAAAAGGCCAAGCGGCUGAUGAACGCGAAAAAGGGUCUCAUGGACAGUGAUGAGGGCUCUGACUCUGAUGCUGGUGGCCCAAAGAAGAAGAAAGCAAGGAUGGUUGAAAGUGAUGAAGAGGAUGCAGACAUGGAUGAUGAAGGAGGCGACAAAGAUGAGGAAGCAGGAAGUGGGGGGAGUGAAGGGGAAGGGAAAGAGGGGGAGGGGGCAGCUGGUUCGGGAGGGUCGGAUUCAGAGUAGGGAAAAUGGGGAGAGGGGAAGAGAACGAAGGGGCAGCAGCUUCCGGGGGGGGGGGGGGGGGUCUGAUUCAGAUUAGGUAAAAAAGGGAGGGAGGAUGGAGAAAACAUCUCUUUCUGCGCGGGUGGGGUGUCAAAUUCUGUGUCAGAAAUUUUAUGAUGCAGGAUAGAAACAGCAAUUGCUUCUGCGGGUUCUACGGCCUGUACUCAUCAAACCGUUCUCUCUGUGGGUUCUACGGCCUGUACUCAUCAAACCGUUCUCUCUGCUGGUUCUACGGCCUGUACUCAUCAAACUUGCUGAAAUCAUGUGACAAUGUCAAAACUCGAGACUGAUAAUUAUAAAUGUAAUUUUGGUUUAAAGUCUCAAAAAUUCUGCAAAAUCAUUGAACAAUUAUGAAUUUUACUUAAUUGAUCAACGGAACAAAAAAUUGGGCUUUAGCACAGAAUUUGUGAGAAUAGUCUUAUGAAUACAGACCCAGGAAUUUACAUUUUGGAAAUCAGAUAUGUUAGAUGACCAUGUGUGUUUGAGUAGGAAAGAGAAAAUGUGUCUGAAAAUUUAGGGAGAGUGUGUGUUUGGUAUAUCGUUAAAGUGUGGGAUGGUGGAAGGGAGAGUGAACUUUGUGUGAAGGGUGAUAUUAGUACUGUGAGAAGAUGAAUUCAAAUGUCAUGAUAAAAUAAAAACAGUGAUAAAAACCAA